AUUAGCGUAUUUAUAUUUUUUUUUCGACUUGCGAGAUGGAAGUGAAGUGUAAAAAUUAAUUUACUUCAAUAGUAAAUAUCCUUCGUUGAAAAUACCGACUUUAAACAUUUUGUUUUGAAUUUCUAUUUAAUGUGUUGUCUGAUAUAAUUAAAAUUAAAUAUAAAAAUGUCGUUCGUUCCGAAACUACAAGGGGAUUCUAUCUAUAAAUUCUUAGAUGCACUGCGAUCUGAUUUUCGUAGUCUAUCAACCGAAACCAGGAAGAAAUACCCUCACAUUAAGGAGUCCUGCGAUGAAGCUGUGGCAAAAUUAAACAAUGUCGGAAGUGAUGAACACAAUACGAUCGCUUCAACCAUAAAUCAAAUUUUAUAUCCUCUUGUUCAAGGAUGUGAAACAAAAGAUCCCAAAAUUAUUAAGUAUUGUCUUGGCAUGAUGCAGCGACUUAUUACACAACAAGUUGUAGAUCAAAAAGGCGCACGCUACAUAACUGAUGCUCUAUGGAUGCUAAUGGAGAACAAUAUGGAUGAAGUUAAAGUACUUCAAACAGUAACACUUCUUCUAACAACGAAUACCAUUGUCUAUGGAGAAACCUUGGCGAAAUCUAUUGUUUUAUGUUUUCGUUUACACAAUUCAAAAAAUGCAACUAUUGUUAAUACUGCUGGAGCUACUGUCCGUCAGCUUAUUGCAUUAGUUUUUGAGCGUGUUUUUUUAGAGAAAAAUGAUGUCCAACAUCAGCAAGGUAAUACAAAUAACGUAGAGAGAAGUAAUGAUCCUACUUCAGGCAAAAUUCCGACAACGAAUGGAGAACUAUAUCCCUUGGCGUCCGAUGCAUAUAUGCUUUUUCAAGAUCUCGUUCAACUUGUGAACUCUGAUCAACCUUAUUGGCUUUUUGGCAUAACAGAAGUAAGCAGAGCAUUUGGCUUAGAACUGUUGGAAACAACGCUCACAAACUUUAGCUCAGUAUUUCACGAUUAUCCAGAAUUCAGGAUACUAUUAAAAGAACGUGUGUGUGCGCUUGUUAUAAAACUGUUUUCUCCCAACGUAAAACAUCGACAAAAUCAAACAACUACUACUUCAAAUGUACCUCAAGAGAAGCCAUACUUUCCGAUAAGUAUGCGUCUAUUAAGGCUUGUUGCAAUUCUGAUUGAUAAAUACCACACACUUUUGGUAACUGAAUGUGAAAUAUUUCUAUCAUUAAUUAUAAAAUUUUUGGAUCCCGACAAACCGAAUUGGCAACGUGCCUUAGCUCUUGAAGUUAUUCAUAAAAUGGUGACAAAACCUCACCUCAUUUCGUUCUUUUGUAUGUCGUAUGACCUCAAAAACCAUGCUACCAACAUUGUCAAAGAUAUGAUAACCGCUUUGGGGACAUACGUCCGCCAUUCUUUUAUUCAUGUCUCUUCAGUUUUUAAUGGACAUGCAAUAAGCGUCGGAAAUGGCCAAAACGCUAAUGUUAGCGGUAAUGUCUUGCAACAAUCUGGGUUUAUGUUUAGGGGCUAUUUUUUGCCGCUAGCUGCAAAAUUUGAGCCUAAUACACCAAAAUCAUUUUAUUUAGAAAUGUUGGAUAAAGUUGAACCACCCACUAUACGCGAUGGUUAUGGAAUUUCUGUUGCUUACGCUAUUCUUUUAGAUGUUACCAGAUCGAUUUCCGUAAUUAUUAAAAGUUGUCCAGAUAUUCAUCUAGAUGAUUGUAACCAAGACCUUGACAACGAAAAUUCACUCAACGUUCAGCUGGUCAAAUCAAGCUGGUCAGGUUUGUUAUCGGCGUUCGUUCCGCUUGUAGAUGCUGCUGUCGAUGAAAGUACAACAGAUAAUAUUUUGAAAGCGAUGCAGGAGUAUUCGGCACUUUGUGGAAUACUUAACUUGCUCAAUGCCCGAGAUGCAUUUAUCAUAUCUAUUUGUAGGUCCUCUUUUCCUCCCCAUUAUGCUCUAUCAAUAUUCAACGGAGCACAAUUGGAUGUAGAUUUAAGAUGUCAUACAAGAAAUAAGAGCCAGGAUUUAAAUAAUCAUAUAUUGGGAUCCUGCAAUGAGAGUGAUUUUAGACAGCAAAUUGUAGCAGUCGGUACACCAUUACCGAGUGCUUCUUUACCUCAAAGUGUCAUGCAAGCUCCCGUUAUGUUAACAUCGAAAAAUUUACAAUGCAUGAGAGCAAUACUUUUCCUUGCUCAUAAUCAUGGUGGUAUAUUGGGAACUUCUUGGCAGAUUAUCCUUGCUACACUUCAACACUUAGUUUGGAUUCUUGGAUUAAAGCCUUCUACUGGUGGAAGUCUUCAGGCAAUUCAAAAACCCGCUGUAGAAAACGUUGGUAUUCAGACAGCUGUAAUGGCUGAUUUACCUGUUUUAUCUCAAAUGCUUAGUGAGCUUUUCGAAUCCAGUCAGAACUUAGAUGAUGUUGCACUACAUCAUUUAAUAGAUGCUCUAUGCAAACUAUCUCAAGAAGCCAUGGAGCUUGCAUAUACAAAUAGAGAACCCUCAUUGUUUGCAGUAGCAAAACUCCUUGAAACUGGUUUGGUCAAUAUGGCACGUAUUGAAGUACUUUGGCGCCCAUUGAGCAAUCACUUAUUAGAGGUCUGUCAACACCGACAUAUCCGAAUGAGAGAGUGGGGUGUGGAAGCUAUUACUUAUUUAGUAAAAGCUGCAUUGCAGUUUAAACAUAGUGUGCCAUUAAAGGAAAACAAAGUUCUUCAAACUAUGCUUCUAAAUCCGCUUUUAGAGCUAUCUACAGUACCACAUGCUGAUGUUCGACAAAGGCAAUUAGAUUGCGUCUUACAAAUUCUAAACGGUUCUGGGGACAUACUUUCGUUUGGUUGGCCAACAAUUAUUCAAAUUAUAGGUGCUGUUAAUGACCGGCACGGUGAACAACUUAUAAGAACAGCAUUCCAAUGCCUGCAAUUAGUUAUAACUGAUUUCUUACCAAUAAUACCAUGGAGAUGUCUGCCAUUAUGCAUAAGUACCGCAUCGAAAUUCGGAUCCCAAACUCAGGAACUUAACAUUUCUCUAACAGCAAUUGGACUUAUGUGGAAUAUAUCAGAUUUUUUCAAUCAAAAUCAAGAAAAGUUAAUGUCAAUCGAAAUAGAUAAAGCUUUCAUAUUGCCAGACUUUCCAGGAGCCUUUAAAAUGCCGCAGUUCGAUAAACUUUGGAUGUGUCUGUACGCAAAGCUAGGUGAGCUUUGUGUUGAUCUUAGACCUGCUGUAAGAAAAUCUGCUGGACAGACUUUAUUCUCGACUAUAUCCGCACAUGGAAGUCUUAUAAACGGGCCAACCUGGCAAGCUCUCGUAUGGCAAGUUUUGUUUCCCUUGUUAGAUAAUGUUCGAACCUUAUCAAGUUCCGCAAGUAACGAGAAAGUGGACUUGAGCAGUAACAUCCUUAUUCAUCAUUCAAGAAAUACAGCUCAAAAGCAAUGGGCUGAAACUCAAGUUUUAACACUAUCUGGGGUUUGCAGAGUGUUUAACAGCAAGCGGGAGCUUCUUCAAGAAUUGGGUGAUUUUGAUAGAGCUUGGUCACUUAUUUUAGAAUUUAUUCAAAAUACUGCUUUGAGUAAAAAUGGAGAAGUAUCACUUGCUGCACUGAAGUCACUGCAAGAAAUAAUGUAUCAUAACUCAGAUAAACCCACAAAUUCAACUGAAAAUGUUGGGCAACUACAUGACGAGUUGUGGGAUAUUGCUUGGAAAGUUUGGGUAAACAUUGGCUUGGAAAGUACCAAACUUACCGUUAAAACAAAUGAUUCCACAGAAGAGUUUUACAUUCCUAAUCAGGCGUUUCUUACUGCUUUGGUCCAAAUUUUUCCAGCAAUUUUCCAACACAUAUACAUUAGGUUUUCGGAAUCGGAUUUUGAAAAAUUAUGUUCAGUUAUUAGUAACAUUGUAACGAUACCAGUUCAGACCGAUGCAGUUCCUUAUGUUAUGUCACCGAUGUGUGAUUCUCUACAGACUCUAUUGCAUGAUGGUGUUUUAGAAUGUAUUGAAUUGGUACAAAAAGAAGCAACCUCUCCAAAUACAACGAUUCAGUGUAUGAUUCCAGCGAUAUUUAAACAGCUUCUGCUGUUAAGUAAAUUCGCUUGUACCCCUCCAGUUUGGCAAGGCUAUGAAGAAAAAACAACAAAAACACAGAAUUCUUAUUCAAAUACAACUUCCGUUGAACUAGUCAGUAUGAAUUACAUUCCAUUUGGAGAAAAGGCUAUAAGCAUGGCGGUCAAAUUGUACCAAGCAACAGCAACUGAAGAUUUUGUUGUACAAGAAGGCGUUCUCCAUGAAAUAAUAAAGGCCUUACGAACUCCUCUUGCCAUGAAAUAUAAAUGCUUAUCAUCCAGUACGUGGAAACUAGCUAUAUCUAGCUUAAUAUCCGUGUUGCACACAGGUCUGAAGGUUGCAAUAUCAAAACCAAAUUACUUCAUUCGAAUGUGGGAUGAUUUGGCAGACACAAUUGAUGAAUUCUUGUUUCCAAGAAGCGUUUGCACUGUUGAAGAUCGUGGUUUAGAGGAAAUAGUUGUAGACGAAACAAUAGACUGUCAAGUCAUUGAACUACUACGGGAUGAAGUUUUACCAUUCUCUCAUGUUAUUCCUCAUCAAUUUAUUAUGAAGAUAGUUGUCCUACUCAAUAAAGGAUCAAUUCAUUCAGCGUCAGACUCGAAUAUUUGCUACGAAGCUGAUUGGAAAAUAAGAGAAAUUUUCGCUAAAACCUGCUUCGAAACCCUGCUGCAGUUUUCGCUUUUAGAUGGUUCGUGCAAUAAUAACAGAAAUAUACCUGUUUCAGCAGGUGGAAAAGAGUUUGCUGGGCGAUUAGCAGUUACAGCCUUGUUACAUAGAUUUCAAGAAGUAUUAAAGCGCUUUAGUGAUGACGAAAGGCAAAGUGGAAAAUGUCCAUUAUCAAGGUUUAGACUUUCUGAAGUUGCUUUUGUUUUGAAGGCAAUAGCUACUUUAAUAGUUUCAAUGAAAAAAGCACCCCCUAACAAAGUUAAUAAAUCAGCGUGGGAUCAAUUAAUUGGGCUCUAUCCAUAUCUUGUGGACUGCACAACAACAACAUCCGCAGAAGUAUCGAGAUCAUUGAGAGAAGCUUUAUUACAAUACACAGAAUUAUUACAACCACCAAAUUAUUAUUAUGAUUUAAAAGGCGUUGCUGUCGUCCAAGAAAAAGAAAUACAAAAUAAAAAUUGAUACAAAUAAAUAUACAUAAUUAAAUAAUUUCGGGCAAAAUGCAAAAUUGAUCAUGUUAUCAUGUACAAGUAACUAUAAGUACGUAUGUGUCAAAGAAUAAAUGUUAACAGCAAACAUUAUUUAUCGAAGACCACUUAUACAUUUUAUGUAAGUAUAUAUUCCGGGCCUAAUCUAAUCUUAGACGUCUUUUAUUGAGAAUGAUUGUAUGCAUAAUAAAAAGCUUUCCCAAAAUACUGUGGAAACAUUUUUGUUAUAAA